AACAACAGGUGACUCACUCAAUAGCAAAUAAAUAAGCCAGAGCCGCAGCGUGAAUCACAGAAUCACCAGCACCACCGGGUGUCUUGCGGUCUGUUGUGGUUGCCACCGCGGUCGUCCUACCUUGGGGGACACAUCAGCGCCUCGUCACCUUGAAAAUUCCACCUUUCUUCCUCAACAUCGGCCCUCCUUCAAUUGUUCAUUUCUACAAACCCUCCGUCCUGGCAUCCUCCGAAUUAUCCGAACCCUGUUGAUGGAGAUGCGGUCUUACGAUGCCAACCUGGGUAUUUCUGUCCCGAUAAGUGGAUGGUACCAGCCGAUCAUACUGGCUUUGGGCGCUCUCGGGGGUUUGGCGACCGUGGCAGAUGUAGCGUGGAAAUUGUACACCAAGUUCUGGAAAACCAGGAUACCCAAGGACGAGGAUGAAGCGCAUGAUACGGAUAUCGAGAAACUGAUGCGAGAAAUCACAACCCUGUCUUGCCAGUUGUAUGAGAGAACCAAAGAAGCCGACGUUGCCCUCGAGGUGGAGUACCUGCUUGAGAAUACCAAACUCAAUAGGCAACGUCGCUCGCGACUUGAAGAGAAAAUCACGCUGCUCGAAAUUUGGCAGGAAGAAAUCACCCGGCUUCAAACACGGCUCAACUACCACGAGCUAGAUCUUCGAGAUAUAGUAGACCGUUGCAAGGCAGCCGUCGUGGACCUAAACAGAACGAUUGAGGCCCAUGGAUCGAACAGACAUGGACUGUACGGCAAGGCUUGAAGAUGACAGUUUUGGCUGGCUUGAUGGAGGUA